AUGGAAAUUCUACACAGCUUCUACCAAAAUCUCCCCAGCCUGAACCCGCGAACAUGGGGCCCAGCGGAAUUCUCUAUCAUUGUCCCACUCGCGGUUCACUGGGUGGUGGCACUCAUGUACGAGUCUUUCGACGCCUUUGGGCUGUUCCAGCGGUACCGGCUGUUACAGCCCGAUGAGUUUACCAAAAACAAAGUUACUAAACUUGAGGUUGUGCGCGGCGUACUGGUGAAUCAGGGCAUCAUCAUCGCCGUCGGCUGGAUUGGUCUUGCCCUUGAGCCGGAACUCAACAGCCAAAAGCCUGGCGACCCAUUUGGCAUCACUCAGGAGGCCAUAAGGGGCAUCGAGGACACCAAGGCCAUCGUUCAGUCGCCCAUUCUCACCUCGCUCGCUUACUCCCUCGUAACCGUGGCGCGCAUCUUUGCGGCCAUGUUUGUGUACGAUACUUGGCAAUUCUGGGUGCAUCUUGCAUUGCAUAUGAAAUGGGCAUACAAGAAGAUUCAUUUGUGGCACCAUCUCCUAAACGCCCCAUGGUCAUACGCGGCGACUUAUGUACACCCGUUUGAGAGUUUUCUUCUCGACGCUCUCGGCCCCGGCCUGACGUGCGUAGUCGUUGGUCUCACUGCAUGGGAGCGCGUGGCCGUUUUCACGCUCAGUGUGCUCAAGACACUUGACGACCAUUCCGGCUACCGCUUCCCUUGGGACCCUAUCAUCCUUUUCGGGGGAAUAACGGGCAGCGAUAUUGUUUACCACACAGUGCACCACCAGUCAUGGGGAAUCAAGUCCAAUUACGCGCUCUGGUUCACAUUCUGGGACCGCACGAUGGGGACCAUCUACAGGGGACCAAAGUCUUUGAACGUUACACCGCAGUUUGCCGAGUUCCGGGAGGUCGGAAAGGUUGCCAAGAGUGAACAUGUGGAGUGA